UGUUGAAUUGGCGCCGACGACACCAUGACCGAGAUCCACAUUGCGACGCCGACGGCGGCCCAGCGCGAGCGGCUCCUUGUGAACGUUCUCUUCUCACUCAUUGGCAUCGGAUACCUCUUCCCGUUCUCGGCGCUGACGCAGCCCGUCGACUACUGGAGCCAUCUCUUCCCCGACUUCAACAUCGAGUUCCUCAUCACGUGCACCUUCAUGUACACCAACCUGCUCAUGCUCGGUCUCCUCGUCUCGUUUGGCUCGUCGCCGUGGAUCACGGGCCGCGUCGUCGGCGGGUUCGCGGGCCAGCUCAUCGUGCUCGUCUUCGUGCCGGCGUCGUACCAUUUCCUCACGACCGAGAACGCCAACAUGUGGGCCGUCCUUGGCGCGACCGCGUUUGCCGCCAUCGUCACGGCCUUCCUCGACAGCUGCGUCAUCUCGCUCGCCAACCACUACCCGAUGUACGCCCAGGAAAGCCUCCAGUUUGGCAUUGGCCUUAGCACGCUCAUUGGCAGCGUGUACCGGGACCUGACCAAGGUCAUCUUUCCUGCGGACGCCAUCGUGCUCUCGAGUGGCGUCUACUUUUACACGGGCGCUGUCACGGUUGCGCUCUGCAUCGUUGCGUACUUUACUCUGCUCACGCUGCCCAUCUCGAAGCGCUGCUUGACGACCAAGUCGCUCGUCGAGCAAUCACCGCUGCUUGCAGAGUCGGGUGUCCAGACGCUUCUCUCGGUCGAGGCGCCGGCGCCGAACCGCUGGGCCGUCUUGCGCAAGUGCAUCUACAACCAGAUCCAGGUCGCACUCGUCUUUACGUGCUCGCUCGCGCUUUGGCCGCCGCUCGUGACGGAGCUCAAGAGCUACAACUUCCCCGAGCUCCAAGCGUCCGGGUGGUGGCCGCUCUUGCUGCUGACGCUCUUCUCGGUCUUUGACUGCAUCGGCCGCUUCCUCAUCUCGUUCCGCUGUGGCUUGACCAAGGACAACAUCUGGCGCAUGGUCGCGAUCCGGUUCCUCAUGAUCCCGUGCAUCCUCGUCUCGGUCAAGGGCCUCUACUUCACGCACGACGCCUUCUCGAUCGUCUUUGUCUUGUACCUUGGCUUCACGAACGGCUACAUUGGGUCGCUCGCAAUCAUUUUUGUCAACGACUGCGUCGAGCCGCAAGAGAAGGCGGUCGCGGGCAGCUUCACGGGCUUCUUCCUCAACUUCGGUCUCGUCCUCGGCUCGACGAUUGGUCUCGGUCUCUCGCACCUCAUCGCAUAAACCUAGUACUACGAUACUGCGCAUGGGAUUAAUAAUCAAUGAGAGCAUGGACCAAUGUCUCUUGAACACUGCA